AUGAUUCAUCUAUGUAAUAUAUCUAUGUCUUCCCCUCUCUCUCUCUCUCUCUCUCUCUCUAUCUAUCUAUCUAUCUAUCUAUCUAUCUAUCCGAUAGCAAUUGUUAAUAUCUAUCUAUCUAUCUAUCUAUCUAUCUAUCUAUCUAUCUAUGAAGACAAAUAUUUGUUCAUAUCUAUCUAUCUAUCUAUCUAUAAAUAUCUUGUGUCCGCGAUUCUAUCUAUCUAUCUAUCUAUCUAUCUAUCUAUCUAUCUAUCUAUCUAUCUGUCUUUCUCUCUUUGUCCCAAUGUUUUCUUUUCUCUUUUCUCAUCGGCAAUCGUUAUUACGAUAUCCUUACUCUCCUUCUUAGUCCCUGCUCUCCAUAUCGCCCAUAUACUCUGCAUUUUUUUUACUCUUCUUUUCUGUUUAAUUUCUACGUUAAAUAAACUUAUCCCCUUUAAUAUUCCUUUUCUGUUUUCCUCUACGUCUGCCGUUCAUGGUCACCUUUUACCCGACUUUUUCUGCAUAUUUCUCUUGUUCACGGCUCGCCCACCCAUUUUUACUGUUAAUCUCUGUCUACCAUUUUUUAUAUUCCUGUUUUCGUUCCUCUCUGCAGAUUUUAUUCGCAUUUUGUUUCACUCUCAUUCUUACGUUCCUUAUUUUUCCCGCUCCCUUUUUAAAAAUGUUUCCAUCUGCUCUCUUCAAAUAUUAUUCGCGCGCUCUCUGCGUCUAAUCGAUAAACCGUCUUUUUUCUUGCCUUUCAAUAAGUCAAUAUAUUCCACACUCGUCUUUACUUUGCAUCUUCUUCUCUCCCCUAAUGGUGUAACCUCUUCCCAAUCCUCCUAG